AUGGCGGAGCAGCGCCCGCCAGUCAAGUAUCCAAAGCUCAGGCAGACCCUCUACGGAUUCCAGAUCUUUCAAGACAACCGAUAUGGAUCACAGUUCAUCGUCCUCAGCGCCGUCAUCGGCGGCGGCAUCUUCAGCAACAACGGCGAAGCCCUGGAGGUGGCCGGCCCCGCGGGACUUCUCCUGUCUGUCGGCGUGAUCGGCAUCGUGGCGAUUUGCGUCGGCGAAAGCAUCGCCGAGCUGGCGCAGCAGUUCCCCGUCUACAAUGCCAUUGUCGAGUAUGUGCGCGUGUUUGUCGAUGAGGAAUUGGGGUGGGUUGUUGGGGUUGCGUAUUGGUAUACGUUCGCUUCCGUCUUUGCAGUCCAGAAUCUCGCUGCUGCAAACCUGUCGCAGUACUGGGGGCUGGACCAGACCUGGCAGACGCUCGCGUUCUACAUCCUGGCCCCGCUCGUCAUUCUGAUCCUCAACUUUCUCGGGGUGUUCUACUAUGGCGUCGUCGAGACGAUUGGCGGGUUUUUGAAGAUCUGUCUUGUCCUGGGGGUCUCCAUCUUCUUAUAUGUCAUUGCUGCUCAGCAUGGUCGAGGGGGGGAGAUUGGCCCGAUCAACGAUGGCUUUGAAAAUAAGACCCAAUUUGUUAGCAAUCAUUCCAAAGCAGUUUGCUACGCAAUCCCCCUCGUCGCCUACAGCUUUCAGGGCGUGGAGAUCAUCGCCUUGACCGCGUUCGAAGCCCGAGACGCUGCCGCCAUCCGCUGGCCAUCCAGAUGGAUUGCCUAUGUGGUCGUGGUUCUAUAUCUGCUCUGCACAGUGGGCGAGGCGCUCAAUGUCUGCUGGAAAGACACCAAUCUGCCCUACAUCUACAGCGGGGCGGGCAACAGCACCACCGCUUCUCCACCAUUAAAUCCGCCAUCAAACAGCAUGGUUAUCAUUGCCGCGUGGAAGUCCGGCAAUCAGAAUUUCGCCGGCUUUCUUAACGCCUGUCUCAUCUUCAGUGCUCUGUCGGCCUCCAACACUUCCCUGUAUGUCGGUUCCCGGACGCUGUACGGCAUCACGCGCGAGAUGCCCGACACGAACUGGUUCAAUCGACGCAUCAAGCGGUUGAGUCUGGUGGUAAAGGGGACUGGUGUGCCUGCUGCGGCCCUCCUCUUCUCGGCGGUUUCAUUCUUCUGGCUGCCGUUCCUUCAGCUCAAGGGUGGAUACGCUCUUGAAGACCUGAUUGAGAUCAUGUCCGUUUCCGCGAGUGUGGCCUGUCUCAUCGUGUGGGCGGCCCUGUGUUUGGCCUUUAUUCGCUAUCAGCGAUGGCUCAAAAUCUGCGACGCCGACUUGGCCAGACUGUACCCGGAAUUCAAGCGGGAUUCCCAACAGUACACGCCCCGGACCUUCCUUGGCUGGCUCCAGCCCCUGGUCGCCUGGAUCGGGCUGGUGGGCUGCAUCCUCGUUUUCGGCUUUGCGAGCGCAACCUGGUGGGAUACCCGCCACAUCGUCCUUUUCGUCCUCUUCAUCUUCCUCAAACUCAUGAACAAGAGACUGUUCAAGCCGUGGGGCGUGAAACUCGACUCGGAUGUCCAACGCCUCGUCGAGGAAUUGGAUCGGUUGAAUUAUAAAACGCUCGAUCCGACACCGUCUAGAGCUACCCAUUGGUUCAGGACGAGGCUGCUGCGUUUGCGGGGAAAAGGCACACCGAGCAGAAACAAUAAUAAUAAUCCGGAUGAUAACGUGGCAGCACCGACAGCGAUAGUAACGUCGAAUGGACAUGCUGUGGAAGGAGAAGGAGGAGGAUCUGGCGGCAUCCUUGUCGAAGGCAACAGAGGGGGGACGAGAGUGACUGUCACCGACACGUCGUCAUUCUUCCUGGCUGACAAUAGAAGGCAAUACUAUCAAACUGAUCAAACUUACUUAAAGGAAUACGCACUUUAA